AUGAAAGAAGAAUGUAGAUACGGUUCCAAUUGUCGUUACCUAUCAGAUCCGACACAUUGUGAUCGUUUUCAACAUCCUACAAAAACAUCAUUACUUGGUUCAACGGCUCAUCCUAGUGAUCAAUUAUCAAAUAAAAAUUUAGAUACGUCUUCUUCCUCGCAUAGUCAUACAAUUCAUGAUGAUGAUAUGCAAAAAGCUUAUAGUAUAGGAGGUGCGAUAGCUUUAGAAAGAUUGAGUCAACAAGACCAAACAACAAUAAAAACUAUGCGUGAUGAUGCUGUUAUUGUAGUGCCAGGUACCUAUGACCAUAUUGAUCGAGUACUGGCGAAACUCAAUAUAAAAUUUACCGUUGUUGAACAGCAUGAAUUAAUUAAUUAUCCAUUUCGUACUUAUCAAACAGUAUAUAUUAAUUGUGCCUCGAAAUUUCCUAAAGAAGCCGCUUAUCGUUUACGAGAAUUCGUUGAAAAGGGUCUCCAUAUAAUAACAACUGAUUGGGCAUUAAGAAAUGUUUUACAAGUAGCAUUUUCUGAUUUCGUUAAACAUAAUGGUCAAUCUACACGUGAUGAAGUUGUUGGUAUCGAAGUUGUAGAUCCUAAUCAUUCAUUUGUUAGCGGUUUUGUAUUAGCAGCUAAACAUGCUCAACCACAAUGGUGGCUUGAAACUGCGUCACAUCCGAUUGAAAUUGUCAAUAAAGAACAAGUUAAAGUUCUUAUUCGUUCACAAGCUUUAUAUGACAAAUAUCAAUCUGAUGCUGUUAUUGUUACAUUUGAUUGUGGACGAGGUAAUGUUACACAUAUGAUUUCACAUUUUUAUCUGCAACGCUCCGAGACGCCUAAUGCUCGUCAUAAGAUGCCCGCUCAACAAUAUGCACAAGACAUAAAAGCAUCAGAUAAUAUUACCAAACUAAUUAGCAAAGAUGGUCAAAAUCUGAAUUAUGCUCAAAUUCAAUCGUCAUCAACUUCAGCUCAAUUUAUUUAUAACCUAGUUUCGAAUCGUCUCAACUCUACAAAGCAAUCGACUUCAUGA